GUGGUGGUGAGAGGGAUGGUAGUGAUGGUGCUUGGUGGUGAUGAUGAUCCUUGCAGUGGUAGGGAGUACGGUGGUGCGGUGUGUGGCGAGAUGAAGGGGGAGGGGCAGAGGCGGAGGCGCGUGUCGGGUCAUUCAGUGCCGGGACGUGGCAGCAUGAGGGGCAGCGCGGCACUCCUUCUGCUGCUCCUUGCAGGCUCCGUGGCAGGUGUAGAGAAGCGAUGGACGCCGAGCUGGGACCUGACCACAAAGAACAACUGGAAGGAGGAGAAGCUGCCUUGUGGUGGUGGGGUCGCCUCUCUCCCUCGGUACCCUGAGAACUCGUUGUUCCUCGGUGCCGAUCUCACGCUGGGCUCCCUGGACCUUCCCAUUGACGGCGAGGUCAUCCUGGGGGAAAGGGCUCGUUUUCUGUUUGACCACACCUCCAGCGGCGACUGUGCAGACGCAGAAUGGACUCACCGCGGACACGACCAGUGGUGGGACCCUGAAGCCUGGGCCUACCCGGCCUUCGAGGACUCAGCUUCAUCCCCCGUGCCUCACUUGCACCGUGUUCCCUGCACGCGAGACGCAGCGAUCUUCCCAGCUCCCAGUGACUCCCUCUUCACUGUCCACCUCGCGCCUCCCAUCAUCUCUGUCACCACGCUUUCCGUCGGCAACAAAAGCUUCACCACCUCGGAAUUGGCCAGCUACGUCAGGACUCCGGAAGGGGCGCUGAGGUUUCGUGGGAUUUCUUCGAGGAGCGAUGGAGCUCCCUUGUACGUGGAGAGUCCUGAGGAGUGUACAGACGUGACGGGCUGCAUGUGUGGAUCUGAGCCAGCAGCUUCUGUCAUCUGCAGGAUUAUGUCCAGGAAAUGUGGGACUCCUCAGUGUGACGACCCGAUAGACAUGACUGGCUUCUGUUGUCCCAUGUGUGGAGCUGAGAUAACCAUUAACCAUGCGGGCUCUCUGUCUCUGGCGAGUGUGAAGACCUUACUACACAGUCACCUCCAGGGCAGUGGCAUGAAAGAUAUACGAGGACACGUGGCCAAGAUGAGUGACCAGCUAUAUCACGUGUACUUCACGGCGGCCAAUCCCGAUGGAGACUACAAGGAGGCCUCGGAGUCAUUCAAAACCAAAUUCAAUGAAGUGCUGAAUGCAGCCAACUCUCACGAGGUACUUGUGUCUUACGCUGGGGACAUGAAGCCUCUCGUAUCGGGAAGAGUCGCGCCUCACCACGUGGCUGUGACGCUGGUGACUCUGACCAUUUGCCUCGGGGUGGGAGCAGCAGUUUAUUACUUCAGAAAACGAAGAAUAUCGUCAUCACUGUCCUUCAUGUUCCGCCGCCUGGAUAACAACAGCCGCCGCGUGUCUGUGGUGAGUGACGUGAUCGGUGGCCGUCGCCCUUCCAACGCAUCUAGUGUGUUCGCCUACAGCAGGGAAAGUGGGCUGAGGUUCUUCAAUCCCAUCUUCAAUCAGUCGAUGGCGUCCCUGGCAGGUGCAGGUGUUUCCUCUGUAAUUAACGAGUCGGCCCAGGAGCAUGCAGAGGAACAAGAAGAAGGGCAACACGAGAAUCCAAUGUACACUGCCUUUCAGAACAUGCUUCCAGAGGAACGUCAGGCGUCUGAGAAAGCCAUGGAAGAGCGGGAAAAGAUUCUGGAGGCCGCAGGACAGCUGGUGGCAUCUUCAAUGAGAAACAACAAAGAAAAGAGAAUGAGCGUUCCAUCUGAAAAUAACCUGGAAUCAAUAACAGAAGAAAAAGAUGCAAAAGAUGUGGUGAGCUGUGAUGCUGAUGUCCAUCACACAGAAGGCACAGCUGACAAUGAGACAUCAACAGCCAGCAACAGCUCCCCGGUGGCAGAGGAAAAUAGUGAAUGCGUGCAGGAUGAAUCCUUGAUAGAGGUCAACGAGGAAGAAACCCCUGAAACUGAUACAAGUAAAACUACUUCUCCAAGAGAAGAUAUUGAUGAUGCAGCGCCUGAAGACACGGCUGACCCUCCUUCCCCAAAUGACGGUGCAGAUGUCACCCAGACACUUGCAGACUUUGGCGAGGACACUGCUGCUGCUUCCUCAGGACAUUUGGAACACAGCAGGUCCUCGUCAAGCUCAUCAUCAUCAUCAUCAGAUGACGAUGAUGCUGAUGGCGCUCUGAGAAACCUUGAAGGCUUCACUCCCCUGGUUGACUUGACUAAAAAAUAAGUUAAGAUAUGAUAUAGUUCCCAAAGAUCCAGUGAUACUUAAUUACAUGCCAUAGCAAAUCAAUCUUUUGUUAUCUAUCUAUGUAAAGUAUAGGUAAAAAUGGCAGUAGUGGCUGUGGCUGUCUGUGGCUGUGCAUGUCCAUUCGCGAUUCACAGCCGAACCUCCUAACCAUUGAUAUGAUUUUUUCAGUAUUCUGAGUUUCCCUUCAUCCGAACCAUAAAUUGUAACCAAUCAAUUGUCCAUCAAAAUUAUGAUCAAACUUGCAUUUUUAAGGAAUAAGGUUGAGUUUGGAACGAAAUCAAGGAAUCUGGAUUUAGUAGGAAGCAAAUAGAGCGUGAAGGGACGAAACUUGGAAGUCAACAGGAGGGACGUUAUACUUCAGGAAGAGGAAAUUAGAUAAAGAAAAAGGUAUGGAUGAAUAGACAGAAUACAAUCGCAAUAGAUCAGUGGUUCUUAACCUUUUUACUACCACGCCCCCUCUAGGAACUGCUCUUUCCCUCCACGCUCCCCUUGCAUCUAUAGACAAAUUUCACUCCCAGAUUUAAAAAGAAAAUUUAAAACAAAAAAGGCUUUUUGAUCCAUUUACUAAGCAUGAAUUACAUUAGUGAGAUAUUUGACACUGCUUUAAGCUACCAGAUCUUGAAUACAUGGUUAGUGAGAUAUUUGACACUGCUUCUUAGCUUCCAGAUCUUGAAUACGUGGUCGAAUGCUUGAGAGUGCACAACGUAAGUCCCCUUCAACGUUCAGGUGGUGUCUGUACUUGGUUUUGAUAGCAACGAGCUCUCGUCAUGAAAAUAACACAUAAAUGGAAAAACUUCUACUUUUCACCUGAGGCUCGUGCCCCCCCACCACUGGAAAUCACCUACGCGGGGGCACGCCCCCCAGGUUAAGAACCACUGCAAUAGAUGAUAGAUCGGAUCACAGAGAAAUGGAGUGUGUGCUUGCAACUCAAGACAAUACUGCGUGAUGCAUGCAGAUCUCUCUCUCGAAAAUGCUACAAAUACUGAAUAUGAUAGGGAAUUUUAUUAGCAUAUAGACACCACAAGAGUACCACAAAUUUAUAUCUAAAAAAUAUAUUAUCUUUAUCAUAUA